AAGUUGUAAAGGGAAGUUGCUUUGAUUUUGGAAAUCUUGACACUUUCCCUGUUUCCACACCCAUAAAACUCCCAAGCUCCAUGCACACACCUUGUCAUAAUAGUGCUCAGGUGGGUCUGUCAGAGGAGACGUGGGUCCCUGGACAGAGGACACAUCUGGCCUAAAUGGAGUCCACCCUCCCCAAAGCUCCAUUUGGAGCAGGUGCUGCAGUUGUCCUGCAGCCAGCGGCGGUCUCAUCUGGUGGGUUGCAGCCCCUGGCUGAGGAGGCAGAGCCUGCAGACCUGGGCAAAGAGGAGGGAACCAAGAGUCAACCUGGAGACCCCGCAGGAGCAAAAGAUGGAAAGGAGCUGUACUCAAUGGACAGCUCUCUGUCCUCCUCCGACAGUGAGGACGAGGGUAUCGGCAAGAAAGACAAGAAGAAAAAGAAGAAGAAGAAGCUGAAGAAGAAAAAGAAGAAGAAGGAUUCCAGCUCCUCGUCAUCAUCUUCCUCAUCAUCUUCCUCGUCUUCCUCCUCCUCUUCUUCUUCUUCCUCCUCCAGUAGCUCAUCAGACAGUGACAGUGAGGUUCUGAGGGUGAGUUGGAGCAGCAGUGUCCAGAAGGUCUGA